AAGGGAGCGUUUGUUCGGGACGGGGAAGCCGUGCCGUUAUGUCGAGUGGCUGUAGCUUGUAAUAGUUUGUACUACUCGUUAAAGCGGAUUUAAACCCAAGUGGCGGAUAUUUGUUUUUAGCCGUACCGAUAAAGGAUCCGUUUAGGGUUGCAUUUUAUUGAUAGUACGCCGUAACUGUGAAGUUUGACGGAAGUGUUUCAGUGUGGAGCGAAGAGGAGCCGUUGGAUUUGCCAGUGGAUCCGUGCAGACUCGGUCUGGAUAGCAUUCUCAAGAUCACAGCUGCAGGCCAUUUACUGAUGGGUACAUACUGUGAGGCAGCACGCCAGGAGAACUGCAAAUCAUUCAGAAAAGACAGGAACUGUGAAAGAAUGAAGACAAGCUAGAUACUGUCUCUAGAGAACUGUUGAACACUAAAGUAUUGUUGGACUACACAUACCUGGACUACACACAUAAUCAGAACCCUGAAAAGUAACUUUGCUGGUUGGUGCUCAUCUUAUAAAGAACACCCUGACGACGCGAAGUGAUCAAAAAUGAGUGCCGAAGGAUAUCAGUACAGAGCGCUUUAUGACUACAAGAAGGAGAGGGAGGAGGACAUUGAUCUGCAUGUGGGGGACGUACUGUUGGUAAGCAAAGGAGCUCUGGUGGCUCUGGGGUACACUGAUGGACUGGAACAGAGGCCAGACGAAAUUGGAUGGCUGCCAGGCUUCAAUGAAACCACUCAGGAAAAGGGGGACUUCCCUGGGACAUAUGUCGAGUACAUCGGAAAGAAAUGGAUCUCUCCCCCCACGCCCAAGCCGAGGCCCCUCAGACCCUUACCUGUAGCUCCAGGCUCCUUCAAGACGGAGGCAGACUCUGACUCAGAGCAAGGCUUCUGUCUGCUGGACUUGACAGAGCAGUUCUCCCUUCCAGAGACCGCUCCGCCCAUGCUGGCCAGACUGCUGGAAACUAUUGAGAGGAAAGGUCUGGAUAACCCUACUUUAUAUCGAACAUUUACUGCUGGUGCUGGACUUGAGGUCAGGCAGUAUUUUGAUUGUGAUCCUCCCUCGGCAGACCUGGAUCAGUUGGAACUUGCGGUCCUGUGCGAUGGACUGCGCAGGUACCUGCAGGAUCUCCCGCAGCCCGUCAUCCCCACUGCGAUAUAUGCUCAGAUGGUCCUCACUGCCAAAGAGGUGGUGAACCCCGAGGAAUGUGCCCAGCUGCUACGUCGCAUUGCCAGCACCCCGAGCCUGCCUCCCCAAUACUGGCUAACUCUCCUGUGUCUGCUAAGGCAUUUUGCUAGAGUGUGUCAGAACGGCUCCAAGAACCUGCUCUCUGCUAGAGCCCUGGGCGAGAUCUUCAGCCCCGUGUUUUUCAGACAGCAAGCAACCAGUUGUGAACCCAGCCUGGAUACUCACAUCAAGAUCAUUGAAGUUCUGGUGACGAGUGAGUGGAGUGAAAGCCAGGCUGCUCCAGCUCUACCUCCAAAGCCGCCCAAGCCCACAUCUGUGACUAACAAUGGUAUGAACAACAACAUGGCUCUACAAGACGCUGAAUGGUACUGGGGGGACAUCUCCAGGGAGGAGGUGAAUGAGAAACUGAGGGACACCGCAGACGGUACGUUUUUGGUGCGAGAUGCCUCGACGAAAAUGCACGGAGACUACACUCUGACUCUGAGGUGAGGGGGUAACAACAAGCUCAUCAAAAUUUUCCAUCGAGAUGGAAAGUACGGCUUCUCAGACCCACUGACCUUCAGCUCAGUCGUUGAGCUCAUCAACCACUAUCGCAAUGAGUCACUGGCUCAGUAUAACCCCAAGCUAGAUGUCAAGCUGCUGUAUCCGGUCUCCAAACACCAGCAGGAUCAGGUGGUGAAAGAAGACAACAUCGAAGCUGUUGGGAGGAAGCUCUGCGAGUACCACCAGCAGUACCAGGAGAAGAACAAGGAGUACGACCGCCUGUAUGAAGAAUACACCAGAACAUCGCAAGAAAUCCAAAUGAAAAGGACGGCGAUAGAGGCUUUUAAUGAAACGAUAAAGAUCUUCGAGGAGCAAUGCCAAACACAAGAGCGGUACAGCAAAGAGUAUAUCGAGAAGUUUAGGAGAGAAGGCAACGACAAGGAGAUCCAGAGGAUCAUGGGGAACUAUGAAAAGUUGAAAUCGAGGAUAAGCGAAAUCGUAGACAGCAAGCGCCGACUGGAGGAAGAUCUGAAGAAACAGGCGGCAGACUACAGGGAGAUCGACAAGAGGAUGAACAGCAUCAAGCCCGACCUCAUCCAGCUCCGCAAGACCAGAGACCAGUAUCUCAUGUGGUUGACCCAGAAGGGAGUCAGACAGAAGAAACUCAACGAGUGGCUCGGAAUCAAGAACGAGAACACAGAAGAUCAAUAUUCUAUGGUGGAGGACGACGAAGACCUUCCUCAUCACGACGAGCGGUCCUGGAAACUGGGCAACAUCAAUCGACUACAGGCAGAGGGGCUGCUCCAGGGCAAGAGAGACGGAACAUUCCUGGUUCGGGACAGCAGCAAGGCAGGAUGCUAUGCCUGCAGCGUCGUUGUGGACGGCGAGGUGAAGCACUGCGUCAUCAACAAGACCCCCUCAGGUUAUGGCUUCGCCGAGCCGUACAACCUGUACAGCUCAUUAAAAGAACUCGUACUUCACUACCAGCACACGUCUUUGGUCCAGCACAAUGACUCUCUGAAUGUGACGCUAGCGUACCCGGUUUAUGCCCAGCAGAGACGGUGAGGACCCGGAUGUAUCCACAUGGACACAAAGAAAAGGCCUCAUGGGAGUGGGAGAUUACGCGUCCUCGGACUCCGUGAUUAAAACGAGGCACCGAUGCCCAACGGAGGUAGAGGUAAAAAAAAAAAAAGACGCAAUAAAGCCUGAAACAUUUCAAUGACUUUGCCUGACUACGAGCCGGAGGCGAGUCCGAAUGUAGAUUUAUUUCUCUAUUGCUUUUUGUGGGAGCACAGAAUCAGGCGGAAACUGCUGAACUCCCCCCCUCGGAGGACAUAUGAGGCCUUUUCCCAAUGGUGCUUGUUCUUUUUCAAAGCUUUACCAGUCGGAAUGUCCAAUCGCAGCAGAUAAACUCUUCAAAUGGAACUUUUCCCGCUGGCCACAACUUUGUUUUUCCACUUUUGUUUUGUUUUUUUUCCUCCUUUCACAUCAUUUAUGUGUUUGUGUGUAUGUGUGUGCGUCUUUGUUUCCGCACAAGUGUUUGUGUGUAUGUGGCUGAGUGUGUGUGUGUGUGUGUGUGUGUGUGUGUGUGUGUGUGUGUGUGUGUGUGUGUGUGUGUGUGUGUGUGUGUGAUUGUCCAUGUGACCAAAACUCAUAGAAUCAGGAAACUGUGUGACGUCUGGUGUGUGUGUGUGUGUGUGUGUGUGUGACUGUGACUGUUCAGUAGCAAACCAUGGAUCAGCUGAUAAAUGUAGCAAAAUGGCACUUUUUAAACAAAGUUUAAUUUUAAUUUUUUUUUGGAAAAGACUCCUAUAGACGUUUUUUGUUUUUGUUUUUUUAAAGGACAGCAGAGAGGACGCGUUGUCCACAUCCUGCUUUCUAAACUGUUGAGCAUUAUAGUGCAGAAGCAAACUUGAUCUUUACUGUGGGCAGGUGGACUUCACCAUUUCGUGUACAUCUGUGAAAAAAAAAAGUCACGAAUCAAAGUGCGCCAUACCAAAAAGGAUCAGUUCCUGUUUAGUUAUAUUCUGAUCUGCUAUGCAAUUCUUUCUCCAUCAUUUCUUCAGGAUGGUUUUAUUCUGUUGCAACUCACAAUAUAAGCUUGUUUUGUUGCUUGAAAAUCUUUUAAAUCUUUUCCUGUGUAAAUAUCCCAGAGGAUAUUUUGUGUCAAAAUGCCAAGAUACAGUUAAAAAAAAAAAAAGAAACUGCUUAUGAUUUCUAAA